GUUCCAAAUACAUUUUAAUCGAAUUAUAAUAAGUUAAAUUUUGCAUUGCACAUUUUGGCCAACCUAUUGUUUUACCUCUGGAAUUAUGGGGAUAUAUUACCUAAUAUUUUUUGUAACAAACUCUAAUUAUGGUACUAUGUGUAAUGUUUUUUAUCUACCUAAAGGAAAAGCCUUAAUAUUUUUGUUUCACACCACAGUCUGUGAACAUUGUCAUGAGCAAAUGAUUAGUGUAAAGAACCGGUACACUGGAGGCCUUCUAACUGGACUCCUGUGUGCAACUUUGCUGCACCACUUUGAAAAUAAAAUGUUUGCAAAACCUCUACUUUUAAAUAACGUGAAGCAGUAAAAGAGUACGAGAUAACAGGACUAGCACAUUCACAGGUAUGAACUAUAAGAUUGCCAUGUACAACAAUAGUUGUUCAACUGAGAAAAUUCAAACAUUAGAACCACAACUCCUUGCAAACUGUUUUGAUUCACUAAAUCAGCAUUCAUGUAACAACAAUUAGAUACUUGUUUUGAGCACAAAAGUAGUUAAUUAGAGUUAACCACACUCUUGAUCUCCAUGGAUCAAAUUAGUGAAAAUAAUAGGGUAUUUCAGAAAGGCUUUGUAAUAUGAGUUGUUAAGUUUAUCUCAUGGGAUCAGCUGGGAAAUAUAUUUUCCACUGUACACAGGUCAGAUUUGCAGUUAUCUGCUUGUUGCUUUUGGAUGCAGCAUCAAACAGAACUGCUGCUAAACAACGUAAGAAGAACAUCAGAAACAUCUUAAAAGUAAAGGCCAUCUUCCAACCAAGACCUUGGAGAUUAACCAUGCCAUUUCUCAGGACUGUUUAUAACAGCUCUCUCAUCAUACAUCCCCCAGGCUUCUAUAUCGUUGCAUUUGAGUCACUGCCUUUAAUAAGUGUGUAUAUCAUCUUUCUUGCUUUUGUUUAUGUGGUUACAGUUCUGUUUAACUGUUUGCUGAUCUAUAUAAUUAUUUUUAAUCACUGUUUGCACACUCCGAAAUUUUUGGCUGUCGUUAACCUCGCAGUCACUGAUCUAUUUCUUAACACGUGUAUUAUUCCCAGCAUGAUCAAGGUAUUUCUCAUUAAGGACAACUUCAUUCCUUUUAACCUCUGUUUAGUACAAAUGUAUGUAUAUUAUGUGUUGAUAUCACUGGAGUCCAUUGCUCUAACCAUACUUGCCUACGACCGGUUGAUUGCUAUAUGCUUCCCUCUUCGUCAUAACUCAAUCAACACAGUGCGCCGCAUGUGUUGUAUUGUCAGCAUCACGUGGUGCUUUGUUCUGGUAACAAUAGCAUUUACCACAAGUAUAAUGACACGACUCUCAUUUUGUAGGUCAGUUAGAGUCUUCAGCUAUUUCUGCGACUAUGCACCUGUGUUUCGACUUGCUUGUAAUGAUUACUCAAUGCAGUGGUUUGCAGCAUCUUUUUUAUCUGUUUCACUCCUUGGAGGGCCCUUUAUUUUCAUUCUUCUGACUUAUAUCAGCAUCCUGGUGACUGUGUAUAAGAUGAAAUCUGUGGAAAGUCGACUAAAAGCUUUGGCCACUUGUGUUGAGCAUAUAAUCCUUGUUGUUUUAUUUUACAUUCCUAUUUUUGUCAUAUUCACAAUUGGGUUUUUCUUUGGAGCUAUAAACCCCGACCAACGGGUCUUGAGCCUGUCCCUAUCCUCUUGCAUCCCACCUUGCGUUAAUCCUAUUGUUUAUUCUUUGAAAACAAGAGAAAUUCAAAUCAGAGCUCUGAAAUUGUUUAGAAAAGACAAAAUUAAUGCAAUACAGUCCUUGUGAGAGCAGAACAAUAUUCUUAGCAAAUUUGUGUAAAAAUGUUGUGUGUGUGCUGUUUCAGUAACCACUGGCAGAUGGGAUUCUCCCAAACUGGUCACCAUUUUGGUUCAACUAUGACAUCAUCAGUGCUAAUAGUUCUUAGAAAAUUAACUAACAAAUAAGACUCUUAAUCACAGCUUUGAUUUUUUAAAUGUUUUUGUGAUUUGUUUUUACUUUAGUAGAUGAUGCAAUCCUGACUAACAGGUUAAAACUUAAUCUGCCUGUUUUUGAUCUUUGCUACCUUUUCUGCAGUCAGGACAGUUACAACUCUAAAAAGUCUUCUACCCCAUCCUCCUCCAAGGAGCUGUAGUAUAAAAAACACAGACCGUCUUCUAAUGAAGACAAUUGUGCAAGUGUCCUGUCUUUAAUAACUGUCAACAAGCACUAAAAC